ACACAACCUGAGAGCAUUAUUGAUGAUGCCUUCGCCUGCGGCAGUGCGAGCCAUCUACAGGUGUCUCCUGCGCGACGCGCGCGAGCUGCAGCGUACGCCGCACUUCAAUAUCCGUCGCGAGUUGCAGCUGGAGCAGUGGGGAACCGGUGGCUUCGUGGAACCACUUCCGACGCAAGAGGAUGCGCAGAGCACGAACGAUCCGAGGGUCCUCACAUCGCUGGACGAAUUCCGGAGGCUGAGGGACAAUGCAUUUCGCAUGGGAUCGCCCAGCGUCGACAUCGUUCAGAGCAUCCGGGUGGCAUUUCGACAGAACAUGCAGAUCAGCGAUCAAAAGGCUGCGAGUGCGAAGUUGGACGAAGCAAUUGAAGCGUUGAGCGAACUAUCAGACCAACUUUUGUUAGCUCAGUGCUCCAGCGUGACUGUGACAGACGGUAUCCGCAUCGAGGCAUCGAGUAAGUAUGUGCAGAGCCACAGCAACCCAGCCUCGAACACCUACCGCUUCACGUACCGGGUUACCAUCACUAACCAAAAUGAGGGGUGCUCGAUUCAGAUACUGGGACGCCAAUACACGUUCGAGAGCGAGAAGGGCCAAAGGAUCGCGCUUCCACGGAAUUCACCUGGAAUCGUGGGCGCUACACCUCUACUGUCGCCGGGUCAGACGUUCGAGUACGCCAGCGGAGUAGACAUCGACGCCCCACGAGGCUCCGUUACUGGCUGUCUGCACGCUGUGCGCAAGACGGGCGACGACGACGACGGUGAUAUCUUCGACGUGCUUGUGUCGAAAUUUGCGCUGAUAGCUCCAAACACACCUAGCAACAGGUGAGCUGGUUGCAAAAUGAAGCUACAAAUCAUUCCCUGGCUUCGUUAUUGCUGCAAUGCAACCUUGUCGAUGAGGCCCCAACUACGAUCACCUCGCAGUUUGCCCCGGAGCAAUAUACCGUUCGUCAGUGUCGUCACUGAGGCGUUACCAGCAGCACGAGAACGGAGAGUAGUUCAAUGGGUUUUUGCGCUGCUCCUACUUUAAUGAAGUGGGGCCCUAGUGACCCAUUAGAAGGUGUGUGUACAUUUACUUCAGCACUUCUCUGCUGGCUUCAGAGCA